UGGACCGUGGUCCACUAUUAUUCAGCAGAAUACAUGACAGGCGUUUCAUUUUGAAACGCGCUAUGUAGCCUAGGUAUUCUCGGUGUAUUGCUUUAAUACCUAAACCUUUAUUAAUAAGUGGUUUGGUAGUCUUUCUUUCCCUACAAAUUCUUUCAGUGAGACAACUGUCAAGUAAAAAGGAAUAAGAAAAGGGUCUUUAUGAAAUAAGGUCUCGGAUUGCAUGCUUUGGACAUUUUAGGGGUGUAAGCCUAUGUCUACUUUCCACAGGCCUACGUUUCUCGUUUAUUGUCCUCUGUGUAAAGUGCCUCAUGCCAAAUAGGACAGCCUUUAUAUUAAUGGGGUUCAGACUCUGCUGCUUAUUUUAGUCCCUGUAGAUCCCCGUUGUUUUGGCCUUCAUAAUCCGGAGGAUUAUUUAAUAUUGUACUUUCUAAUGCUUUUGACACAUUUUAUCAUUUUUAACACGGAAGAAAACCAAGAUCCAACGUUGGACAUGGAGCCCACAGAAAACACUGUUCUCACAGAACACGAUGGACCAACAAGGAGCAUGUCGCGGACACAGAUCUUCACAUUAAUAUCCGUGGCUUCUGUCAACUUUGGCUCAAUGAUCUGCUAUUCAAUACUUGGCCCGUUCUUCCCCAACGAGGCGGUCAAUAAGGGAGCCAGCCAGACGGCCAUCGGGCUCAUAUUCAGCUGUUAUGCGUUCAGCAACAUCAUUGGUGCGCUGCUAAUGGGGACAUAUAUUGUCCAGAUUGGUGCAAAAUUCAUGCUUGUGUCAGGCCUGUUUGUGUCAGGAGGAUGCACUAUCAUGUUUGGAUUCCUUGACAGAGCUCCCUCGGGGACGGUGUUCAUCACUCUCUGCUUCAUUGUGCGGAGCAUCGACGCCAUUGGCUUCGCUGCUGCCGCAACCUCUUCCAUCGCAUUGGCAUCUAAAGUCUUUCCAAACAAUGUAGCGACUGUAUUGGGUAGUUUGGAGAUGUUCACCGGACUGGGUCUCAUUCUGGGGCCUCCUUUAGGAGGCUGGCUGUACCAGGCUUACGGAUACGAGCUUCCCUUCCUUGUUCUGGGCUGUAUCCUACUGCUGAUGGUUCCAUUCAACAUCAUCGUCAUGCCCAGCUGCGCUGCGGAGCCCUCUGAGAAUUCCUUUUUGCAAUUGCUGAAAGUCCCCAAAGUAUUGCUCAUCUGCUUCUUCAUGUUCAGCUUAAGCUCAGGCCUGGGCUUCCUGGACACUACCUUGUCCCUGUACGCGAUUGAGAAGUUCGGUCUUACCCCGGGCUAUGUGGGCCUCCUCUUCCUGGGGGUCUCCUUACCUUACGGUCUGAGCUCGCCAGUUUUCGGUUUCUUUGCUGAUAAAUAUCCUACCUCAAGACGUUGGUUCUUGAUUCUCGGUGGCCUUCUCUCAGGGCUCUGUUUCUGUUUUCUUGGUCCAGCGCCGUUUCUCCACAUUACCAGCCAGCUGUGGUUGUUGAUCUUCUUGCUGUGCGUGAUUGGCUUUGGUUUGGGCCUUAGUCUCAUGCCUAGCCUACCAGAGAUCAUUGCCGCGGCACAUGAACAGGGCUUUGAAGAUGGACUUAGCACUCUGGGAAUGGUGUCUGGACUCUUUGGGGCCUGUUGGUCCAUGGGGAUGUUUUAUGGACCCAUGAUGGGUGGCGUUCUCACUCAACAUCUAACCUUUGAGUGGGCUGCAACUAUCCAAGGAGGGCUUUCAGUUCUGGCUGCCACACUACUUGGAUUGUAUUAUCAAUAUGAACACUUAAAGAAGCGCAGUAUUGCAAAGGAAACUGGAAAUAGUUUUGUAAGAGAAGGAGGGAAUCUUUUGGCCUAAGCAAUCGGUCCUUACAAACAGCUAAAGAAGACGCUUCCUGAGGUAUAUGGUCCAGAGAUGGCUAUGAUUGGCAUAAAUCUGUAAGCUGCAUUAAAUACUUUUUUAUUUUUUAUUUAGUUGGGAAGUGCACAGGUAACUGGAAACGAUAGUCCAAGGGAAACUGCGGAAGAAGCCACUGUGAUGUGGUGUUAGAUGACACUGUGAUGUGGGGUUAGAAGCCUGGAUACAUAGACCAGAUCUUAUGAUUCAAACCUACAGUGAUUUCCAUAACGUACUAGCCCACCAGAACCCCCUGCCCACUAAGCUUCAGAGAGUGGUGGUGGUUUACCGGACAGUUUGAUCCUUCAUGUAUGAGCCGGGCUUAGCAAAAUCAUAAAAGAAAAUGACCCUUGUGAUUGUAUUCCAGUUCCAACCUACUUCUGUUUGUAAAUUGGAAAUUAAAACUCAAAUUACAGAAGUU